AUGCACCAGAAGGGCAACUCCAUCCGUCUCCUCACGGGCAACGCUCACCCCAAGCUUGCUGAGAAUGUCGCCAACCGCCUUGGCAUUCCUCUCACCCCCUGCUCGGUGACCAAGUUUGUCUCGCUCGAGACCUCGGUGCAAAUCCACCAGUCCGUCCGUGAUGAGGACGUUUUCAUCCUCCAGUCGCCGUCGCCCCCCGACGUCAACGACCACCUCAUGGAGCUCCUGAUCAUGAUCUCUGCGUGCAAGAUCGCUUCUGCCAAGCGUAUCACCGCCGUCAUCCCGUGCUACCCAUAUGCGCGCCAGGACAAGAAGGACAAGUCGCGUGCCCCCAUCACCGCCAAGCUCGUUGCCAACCUGCUGGCCGUUGCCGGUGCCGACCACGUUAUCACCCUCGACCUUCACGCGUCCCAGAUCCAGGGUUUCUUUGACAUUCCCGUCGACAACCUUUUCCUCGAGCCCUCCAUGAUCCGCUACAUCAAGGCCGAGAUCCCAAACUGGCGCAACGCCAUCAUUGUGUCGCCCGACGCCGGUGGUGCCAAGCGUGCUACCGCUCUUGCCGACCAGCUCAACCUCGACUUUGCGCUCAUCAACCGCAAGCGCAAACGCGACCUUUCGGCCUCGAUGAUGGUUCCCACCGUUCCCCCUACUCCCAUGGGUUCGGACGCUGGCUCGCACCACGAGGACGAGGACGAGCACGACCACACCAACGACAUGAUGGAGCUCCUCGUCGGCGACGUCAAGGGCCGUGUUGCCAUCCUCAUUGACGACAUGAUCGACACUGGCCACACUGUUCGCCUUGCCGCCGAUGUCCUCCGUGACGCCGGUGCCACCGAGGUCUACGCCCUCAUCUCGCACGGUCUCCUCUCGGAUGUCACCAUCGAGAACCUCAAGGACCUCCCGCUCAAGAAGCUGGUCGUCUCCAACUCGAUCGACCAGACCAGCAGGCUAGAGGCCUGCCCCGUCCUCGACACUAUUGACGUUGCCCCCGUCAUUGCCGAGUCGAUCCGCCGUACCCACAACGGAGAGUCCAUCUCGGCCCUCUUCAAGCCUGACUACUUCUAA